UACUCAAUACUCAUAAAGGAUUUAUCAUCAAUCUCACACUUUCUUAUGUGAAUCAUAUUUAACCCAUGCAGGGGAGAAUUAAAGGGAAAUACAGAAGAAACAACCUUAAGUUUUUCAAAGGCUUGUCACCAUGGAAACAAGAUAUCCCAGACCCAGCCCUCGAGGUCUGGUCUCCCAAGAUGAUAGAGGUUUGUGGAUGAAGAUGGACUCCAGCCCUGCGACAGACCACACAGAGACCCGAUCAGUAACCUCUAGUGAGAUGUCCCAAGAUAAAACCAAAGUCAAUCGUCCUGCCCAUGCAGUGCUAACCAGGCACUACAGUAUGAUGGAAGAUGAGGGCGUAGACGAUGUCUUCAUCCCUCCACCUCCUCCAUCCUCUAUGGCUACUUUGCUGCCAGCAGAGGGCAGCACAGGUGCGAUGGUCAAUAAUUCCAGUGUGACCCCUUCAAAUGGGGCAGCUGACGCCACAGAGGCUAAAGCUAAUCCCAGCAGCUUAGACAGGCAUCAUGGUGAGAAGCAGUUAAUGGCAACACAGAACAAGGUGGAUGAAGUGAGAGCAAGUACAGCACAGACUUCUAAGGAGUCUAUGGAUACCAUAUCUCUGUCCGCCAACAAGGACCCCACUCCAACAACAAAUGAAGACCAAACAUCUAUGGAGGGCACGGAUUGUCUGAUGGAAACAUACCAUGAUCCAUCAGGAAGGCACCAUCAGAAUAACACUACCAGAGACAAAGAAUCAAAUGAGGAACCUGGGGAUACUGCAAUUUGGAGGGAAACUGAUGCGGAGAAAGAAAAAUACACAAAGGAAAUACCUUCAAACAUCAACAAAAUCUCUGAAAAUGAGACACAUUUAGUUAAAGACAGUGACCAAAAAAAAUCUGAGGAUAUCUGUGGUCUUACUGAGACAGAUUCAAAAUUAGUUACAGAAAAUAUCGACUGCGACGGUGUGGGAAUAAGCGUACCACCGGUAUCUGGACUCAGUAGGAAAGAUGAUGGUUUAGAGCCCUGUGGGCCACCAGAACUCUGCGAAUACACCCAAAACAAGACAAGCUCAGAAACACAGGUACUGGAGACUACUGCAGAGAUGAGCAAUGAUGACCAAGAGCAUGUUAAUACCAGAUCUUUUAAUUAUAACCUCACAAAGAGUGACUGGGUGAGGAGAGAGAGUGGCAGCAGUGAAAUGCAAAUGCCCCAACUCUUCACCUCCGAAAGUUCUGAAGAGACAAUGAUAAAGGGAGAGCAGGGAGAUGGAAGCCGGAGAAUAGCUACUGAUAUCCAACAAGGAGAACAACUGCUUCACCGUCUGCAACUGGUGCAGCAACGACAGGAUGUACAUACGUCAGAGAGCCCUUCCACUACCCAGCAGGUUGCCAAAGAAACAAGAGGUGUGACAGAAGGAGAUAAUUUGACAGUAAGAGAAGCAAAUCUUACAGGUGGAGAUGAGAGGGAAGAGGGUAGAAUUCACACUGUUAUGGGCGAGGGAGCAGAGACAAACCUUAUGGAAAAGGAAAGGAAUGAAAAGAACGAGAGUAAAGAUGGUGAAAAAGCAAGGACGUCUUUGUCUGCAAUGCCCGAACAGGCAGAGGAUCUGAGGAUUGCCAGAACAGAGGCGAAUAACUCUGAUGAUGACCAAAGUGACAGCUGGGUGCCUGCAGAUUUGUCUCAAGUUAACCCCCAUGAAAACACAGAAAUUCCCUGUCUAUCUUCCCGACACCGAUUCUCAGCUGCUGAAACCUCCAUGGAGAAGAAAAUCCAAGAGGCAGCCCAGGAGAAGCAAAAUCUGCAGAGAGCUGGGGGUAUCUUCAAUCUUGCAGAUAAUCCAGAUGUACUGGAGAUUCCCUUUAAGACCAAUAUCUCACUUGAGCCACUACCCCCCCAGGUUGACCAAGGACAAAGCAGCGACUGGCAGUUCUCAGAGCAGAAGAUGAAGAAAGAGAUAAGUCAGGAGAUUCAGCGAGAACUGGUGCUGGUCAACCAGGGGAAGAUCCCAGGGGGGUACAGCAAAGGGGAGGUCCGUCAGUUAAAGGAGACAAAACUGCUGUUUGAGGCUUUCCAGCAGGAUAACACAGAGGGUCCAACAAGGCACAGGAAACCCCCUACCACAACGAUAAGAGGUCAUAUUUAUCCCUCUGUUCUGGAGCGUACGCGUAGCCUAGAAAUGCUUUCCCUCAAAAGUUGCCCCGUUUCCAGAGCACAUUCCCUCAGGCUGUAUGAAUCUGCAACCUCUGAGAGGGAGAAAGAUCCUGAAAUCCUAAGAUCUAAGAGCCCAACUGGGGGUUUACGGGACAAAACACGUUUAUCCCCUUACCCAAAACAAGACAAACACCUGCGUCUGUACAGAAGCAUGGACUCCAUAAGCACUGAUAUCUCAGCUGUAGAGACCAGGAACAAAACAAGGGAGGGAAACACAAGACAAGGCUCUCCCAUCCUCAAACACAACCCCUUCUUCAAGCUGCGUCCAGCCCUAGCUCUACAGCCUGAGGUAGAGAAAGACAUCCGAGAGGCCAAAGAAAGAGAGGAGGAGCUGCGCAGACAGAGAUGUACUCUGUAUGGAGAGAACAGGCACAAUACUCAAGAGGAAGAAAAGUCACGAUUCACAGAGACGAUAGUACCAGAUGUCAGAAAACAGUCCAGGGGGAAACUGGAACUGGUCUGGCCACCACCCUCCAAGAAUGACCAGAUGAAAUCUGAGCAGACACAGCAGGAGCCAAAAGUUCACAGAGCAGGAGGUCAGAAGGCUCCUCUGUGGCAACGCUGGGAGUCUGGCCUGAUCAACGGGCAGCCAUCAAAGGAAAAGGACUGAUAUGGGCAAUCUUGAUGUCUUCAACACUACACAUAAAAUAUCUAUGAUCUGCAAUGCCAGAGCUGCACAAAUCUAAGUGGAGAUGAAUCAGUUUAGCCAAAAUAUGGUAGCUCCAGCAUAAAUUCUCUCUGUCUCUGCUAACUCUGCUU